AUGAAGUUGGAAGAUGAGCUGCUUUCAAUCCAGAAAACUCAGAAAAUUCAGAAAAGGCAGGAAAAACAGAAAUUUUUAGAUUUAUUGAUUCAAGGAACAAAUAAUUCUUCGAUUGUCUCAAAAAGAUCUGUAGAGAGGUUAUACUCGUCAAAUAAAAGAAGCACCAAAAAUGAUUAUUUUAGAUACUUUGUUAAGAAACCUCAGAGAAGAUCCCCAAUCAUCAAUAGAGGCUAUUUAUUGAGAAUGCUCGCUAUCAAAAACUCAAUCUUGUCAAUUAUUGAUAGCUCAAUUAAAAAUAAUUUAAACAAUAAUCAUGAUCUUAAAUUUAUAAUAAUCAAUCUAGGCUGUGGAUUUGAUCCUUUACCCUUUGAAUUGAUUAACAACAAUAAUCUUUUAAAUAAUACCGAUAAAAAUGAUUUAUUGUUUAUUGAUAUCGACUAUAAAGAUUUAAUUGAAAGAAAAGUUUCAAUCAUUAAAAAUUCUGUUGAUUUAUUAAAUAUCAUAAAAAAUAAUAACGAUAAUAAUAAUGAUAAUGAUAACAUUUUAAUUAAUCCCAAUAUUUUAUUACAAUCAAAUUCCUAUUUAUCUGUUGCAUCUGAUUUAAAUGAUUCCAUUUCUUAUAAAAAUACUUUAUCCUCCAUUUUUAAUCAGUUAAAUGCAUUAAAUAUUAAUCAAAAUAAAAAAUUUAUUAAUAUUUUUUUAUCAGAAGUUGCAAUCGCAUAUAUGGAUCCCAUUCAAUCUGAUAAAAUUAUUAAAGUUUCAAUAAACUUUAACAACAAUAUUUAUAAUAAUCAUUUUCUUUUAUUAGAACAAAUCUUGCCUUCAGGUUUUAAUCAUCCAUUCGCUAAAAAAAUGUUAAAUCAUUUCAAUAAUUUAGGUAGUCCAAUAAAUUCAAUCUCAGAUAUAUCUAAUGGUUAUCAUAAUUUAAAUGAUCAAGUUAAUAGAUUUUUACAUUUAUAUAACACUAUAAAUAACAACAGGAAAUUUAAUAUUGAAAUUAAUGAUUUAUUGAACUAUUACAACCAAAUCUUAGAUAAAAAUAUUAAAUUAAAAAUUAACCAAAUUGAACCAUUUGAUGAAUGGGAAGAAUUUUAUCUAUUUGCUCAACAUUAUUUUAUUUUACAUUUUAAUAAUGAUCAAAUUAAUAUUUUUAAUGAUAAUUUCAAUUAUCAAAAAGUCAUUGAAAACAGUUUAUCAAGCAAUUUAUUAAAUAAUAAAUCAUUUUCAAAUUUAAAUUUAUUUAUUCAAAAAUCCAAUUCAAAUAAUUUACAAAGAAAAUUUAUGUCCUCCUGUAAGAUCUCAAAUCAAAUCUUUUUAAAUAGUGGAUUUCAAUCAACUAGAUUAAAUAAUUCAAUGUUAUUAUCAACAAAUUUAACAAAAUCAACAAGGGAUACAGAUUUGAUUAUAUUAAAAAAUCCAAAUGAUAAAGGUUUAUUUCCAAUUGAAAGAAUGUGUCAUUCAAUAACUAACAUUGAUAAUAAUAACUUGAUUUUAACAGGGGGUAGAACUUCACCAAAUAAUUAUUUAGAUGAUUGUUGGUUAUUAACUAAAGAUAAAAAUAGUUUAUUUAAUUGGAAAAAAUUAAAGUCAAUUCCAAAUUCCAGAUUUAGGCAUUCAACUUUUUUAAUCAAUAAAAACACUUUAAUCUUAUUUGGGGGAAAUUUUAGUUCAAAUAAUUCCUUAUUUUUAAGAUAUAAUAUUUCAGAAGAUGAAUGGCAAGAAAUGGAUUUUAACAUUAAUAUUGAAAAUAUAAUUUCAAGCUGUUUGCACUAUAAUGAAAACAGCAAAACCGGAUAUAUAAUUGGUGGCAUGAAUUCUAAUAAUAGAAUAGAAUCUAGUUUUUAUUCAUUUAAAGUUGAUUUAAAUAAAAAUAAAAUUGAAUUGAGAAACCUCGGAGAAGAUAGGUUAUUUAAUAGAUAUGGUGGUCAAUUAAUACUGAGAAAAAGUUUUGGCAAUAACAAAAAUGCUAAUGACAAGGAAACUUUGUUAUUGAUUGGAGGAGUUAGCGACUGUUAUUUGUUGGAUCAAUACAAUUCAAUAAUUGAGAUUGAGAUUGAGAUUGAAACCGGGAAUCAGGUUAAGAUUAAUUUUAUAAAAAUUGAUGAAAAGAUAUGGAAUAAGAUGCCUUUAUUAAUUGGAUUUAAUUUACUUGAAUUCAAUGAAAGAUACAAAGUAUGUCUAUUAGGAGGUGGUGUUUGUUUUUCAUUUGGAUCAAUUUGGAAUGACAUUUUAAUAAUUGAU